CCACCGUGUGCAUAGACGAUCUUUGCGGCGGUAGCUCUGCUUAUUCUGUCGGAGAAGAGCCCGCACAGUUUCUUGUUAUCCGGUCUUGGAGUAGCCAUGGCGUCAGGCCUGCUCUGUGUUGUUGUUGCAUUGGCUUUAACUGUGGUCCUGGCCCCGAGUGUAUCCGCAGGGAGCCGGGACUGUAAGGCCUACCACGACCAAUCAUCUCAAAAAUGCAACAUAGGAUUUUGCUGUGGUGCCUGCAUGAACAGAUACUGCUGUCAGGACAGUUUCUGGAGGUUUACUGAGGAUGAACAAGAAGACUGUAGUUCUAUCUUUAGCUAUUAUUCCUCACCAUUGCCCAUGGUCCUUGGUAUCGGAAGCUUCAUCAUCUUUUUGCUCAUCUUCAUCUCCUGCUGUGUCUGUCCGUGCUGCUGCCUGUACAAGAUGUGCCGCAAGCCAAGACCUGUGAUAGCGACCAGCACCCACACCACAGUGGUCACCACCACUCCUCAGCAGUACCCGCAGCAGCCAACCGCAAGACCUGGGCAGCCUCAGGCCUACCAGGGGGGCCAGUAUCAAAUCUACCACCCUGUACCAGUGCAGCCGGGUUACGGGCCUCAGCCGGUGCCCCAGGGAUACAGGGCUCAGCCGGUGCCCCAGGGAUACGGAGCACAGCCAGUGCCUCAGGGAUACGGGGCGCAGCCCAUGCCAACACCACCCUACCACGGACAAGCAAUCGUAGCAGGGCCGCCACCAACAUAUCAGGAAGCCACCGGUCCUGGCUUCCCUCCCAACCCGAUGCCUUACAGCCAGGCUGCGUACGCCCCCGGCCAGCCGCCGUACCCUUUGCAGCCCCCCGGCCAGCCGCAGCCCAAAGCGCCGACCCCGCAGACAGGCUACUUGUCCCAGCCAGCGUACAACCCGGAUUAUAAUGGAUAAUGGACCAAAGUGCCACACUCUUAGCCACGCUAAACAUGCUGCAGCAUUUUCAAACUUGGCAGAACUAAAGAUGUGUCCAAUCCAAGAUGAGAAGUGUCUCAGAGCCGUCUUGAUCCAUGUGUUUUUGUGGUUAAACAGGAAAUGUUGUUGUUGUUGUUGUAGUGCAUCUGUUCUGUCGAAGAGUUGCCAAGUGAAAAUGUUGAUGCCUGUUGGCUCCAAUUGCAUGGACUUACAAUAUACAAGUGGUGAGAUUGUUUUCUAUAUAUAGAUAUAUCUAUAUCUAUAUAUAUAUAUAUAUAUAUAUAUAUAUAUAUAUAUAUAUAUAGAGAGAGAGAGAGAGAGAGAGAUUUCUUAGUGAGUCCAUCUUGGUCAAUUUUACAUAAAACAACUCAGUGAUUCUAAAAAGUAGAUGAAGUGCUUUGACAUUAACAUGCCUCGACACCUCCCUCCUGGUCCCCGUCGAUACUGAGCUCCGGCCGAACAUGCCCGACCUCUUCGCUCGUCAUCUUCAGUGAUUGCAGUCCGACUCGGUGGAGAAACUUUAGAGCAGUUUUAAGUCACGGCCAUAAUCUCAUUGCUUUCUGUCAGUUUAUUUCAGAACGGUGAAGGGCUUUGAACCUUUUCCUGUACUUUAUGAUGCUUUAUGUGUGUUACAAAUCAAGUCCAAAGUGUUUAAUAUGUGUCACUAGAUUUGUCAUAGAAAAGGAUGCAUGUCAUUGUCCGUGGACAAACGAUGUUCUGGUAAAAGGUCUUUUGACCCUCCAGCAAAAGGGAACGUUCACCAUGUCAAUUCAACAAAAUACUCCUUGCUCACAGGGAAAUUCUUUUUUAUGUUUAUGUGCAAGGGAGAGUUCACAUAACAUUUUAGUUCUCCUUUUCAUUCAUUGGUACUGACUUACAUGUGCAACUGAGCUGAAAUGCAUCGGCAGCCUUGAAUGAAAAACCCAAAGGAGAUUUUGCUUUCUUUACUUUUCAAACAACUAAACAUCCACAACAAAUUGCAAAUGUUGCAAAAUGCAAGAAACAAUUGUGCCUUCUAAGCCACAUCAUUUUUUUUUUUUUAAUCCUGCAAAAGUGUGCAUGUUAUUCAUGCACAUUUGAUUUGUCUGUUUCACAUUGCAUUACUCGACUGUCAUCAUUGUUUUUUGCAAGUUUAGUUCCAAACUGCGUGCAAUGCAUUUUUAAGGGUAAUCUUUUUAUAUUAUUCAGUAUUCUGUUAUUUGCCUUGUAAACAAACUUUUAUUUUUCUGGAUAUUGUUAUCACCAUUGCCUUAAUUAGACUGCACCAGCAUAGCAGUCAGGUUUGAGCAGGUAGUCUGUGGUGUUUCUUUUUGUAUCUAAAAACUAAAUUAAUAUGCCUCCCUUGCACUGCUUUGUCACUUCUGCUUUCUACUGACUGAAAUAACGUAAACAGUUUUGCUAAAGUUACCUUUUUUCUUCUUCUUAUGAUCCAGUUGAACUUGCAGACGUACAGUCACAGCUCAUAUGACGAGCCAGACCGUGACCUUUUUAGCCAGCAGGCUUUUUCAGCUUCCUCUAUCUAGACUUUGGUUGUGUGUCCAACAUCGUACCAGAUAUUUUCCCCAUUCAGUGUUUCUGUACACGUCACGGACACAGGUUUUAGAAUGCAUCCAUGCUGUGGCUUAAUUCAUUGCACCAGCUGAUAUGUGACAUGCAGCUGUUGAAAGUGUCCGGAUGUCCUCACAUAUCUGUCAUUAUUGGAGAAUGUGCAUGUUUCUUCCAUCAAUAAGCGAUUUGUCGGUGUACUUUCUUGUAGUGUUGCCAUUUGUGUGAAGUCUGUCUUUAUAAAUCUAUUCUUCCUGUGAUUUCA